AUGCCUCAAUAUAUUUCAACAUUGGAGUUGUACUCUGAUAAAUUGCCUAUUGUUUCCACAACUUAUGCGUCUUCUGAAACAUAUUUCGGCAUAAAUGUGAAUCCUCUAUGCAAACCACAACAUGUGUCCUACACAUUUCUACCCAAUCUAUCAUAUUUUGAGUUCAUUGAGGUUGAUGUUGAUGGAGGAACCAUGGACCAUGUUGUUGAUCUUGUGGAUGUCAAGUUAGGUCGCUACUAUGAUCCCUUGGUCACAGACUAUUCAGGUUUACACAGAUGUAGAAUUGGAGAUGUUUUACAAGUUACUGGUUUUUACAACAACACACCUCAAUUCAGAUUCGUACGUAGAAAAAAUACGGUUCUAAGCGUCUACGUAGAGCCAACGACUGAAGAAGAACUUCUAAAGGCGAUUGCUAGCGCGACCGUUGUUCUUGAAUCUUCGGGUUUGAUGUUGACGGGUUUCACAUGCUAUGCUGAUAGUCUCCACUGCUCCAGAAUGUUUCGGAGCAAAGAUGGAUCAAUUGGAGCUCUUGAGAUAAGAGUGGUUCAACAAGGAACAUUUGAUUCUCUCAGGGAUUUCUUUAUCUCAAAAGGUUCUUCUAUAUCUCAUUACAAGCCACCUAUAUGCAUAAACUCUUCUGAGGCUUUAAAGGUUCUUGAAGACAAGGUUCUUGCUCGGUUCUUCAGCGACAAAUCCCCAUCUUUCUGA